ACUACCUGUUUCGAUACGUAAAUGAGAGUGAAUGCUGCCGGCCUUUUUUGGAGAAAUGAGUUGGACGACUUUUUAAAAUUAAUCUUGUCAAAAGUCUUUGAUUGCGAGCAGACGUCACGGAAAAGUAACAGCCACCCUCUUUCUACUAUUUUGAGGAGUUUAGCCUCCCCAGGGGAAUACGUGUUCUUGUAUUCCAGUGGAACGAGAUGAGAUGAGGGUCUGGCAUGGCAAACUUGUACUCGUCUUGGGGUUUUUUGGUUGCACGUUGAUGUUAACAUCGUGGCGCGUGCCACCACCAGAUAACUCGCCGUUGCAGCUCAAUUUAGUCUAUAGCAGGUUAAUGCAAGCAGAGCAACGAGGGGAGGCCUUAUCACACGAACUACUUAAAGUGCUAAAUCAACUUCAAAACCGCAACAAAGCUUUAUUUAAUCUCACAUCCAGCAACUCCUCAGCUCUAUGGCAAGAGAGAACACUCUGGCGCUUUUUGUUCACACAGCCAAAUGCCCUCCUCUAUUUGCCCCACCUGAAAGAGCACAAGGACAGUCUGAAUCCCAUCAUUCACCUGGGACAGGGACGCACUGGAGUGUCCCUGGUGUUAGGAGUUCCCACUGUACAGCGGCAGAAACAGAGUUAUCUUGUGAACACACUCCAAUCUCUACUGUAUGACCUUUCAACUGCAGAAAGGAAGGACAUUGUCAUUAUAGUCUUUGUUGCCGAGACAAAUGCAACAUUUGUGAAUGCUGUUGUGCAGAGUUUAUGGGACAAUCUCCCAGAUGCUGUGAGUUCUGGAUUGAUAGAGGUGAUCUCCCCUUCACCUUACUUCUACCCAGACUUCAGUGCCCUGAGGGAAACCUUUGGAGACUCCAAAGAGCGAGUCAGAUGGAGGACCAAGCAGAACCUGGACUAUAGUUUCCUCAUGCUGUAUGCCCAGAAUAAGGGAACAUACUAUGUUCAGCUUGAGGAUGAUAUUAUCGCUAAGCAAGGAUAUUCUCAGUCCAUUAAAAAAUAUACCGGAAAUGUGGUUGCCGAGGAGUGGCUUUACCUGGAGUUCUCCCAGCUGGGAUUCAUUGGCAAGCUUUUCCGGACAUCGGAUCUGCCAAUGAUUUUGGAGUUCAUUCUGAUGUUCCACAAAGACAAACCUAUUGAUUGGCUGCUUGAUCACAUCCUGUGGGUGAAAGUUUGUAACCCAGAGAAAGAUUUAAAACACUGCAAUAAUGAGAAGGCCAGACUGAAGAGAACUUACAAACCCUCCCUGUUUCAGCACGUCGGUUUGCAUUCAUCUCUACCUGGAAAAAUUCAAAAACUUAAAGAUAAAGACUUUGGGAAACAGGUGCUGUUCAAAGGCCACACUAACCCGUCCGCAACACUCAGCAGCAAUCUGAAACACUAUCAGGUUUACACUUUGGAGAGUGCUUAUAGUGGGAAGAACUUCUUCUGGGGCCUCACACCCAAAAAAGGAGACUACAUCCUCAUCACCUUUACCAAACCUGAAGCUGUCAAAGGGUACCUUUUUCGAAGUGGUAAUAUUGAAACAAAUGGUGACAAGUUUUACAGCACAACAGUGGAGGGGCUUCCUUCUGAUAGCUCUGUGAUAGAGAGGGUAAAGAGAGGAGAAUUGCCCUGCUGUAAACCCUCAACCGACGGCUUUGUCGUGAUAGGUUCUUUCAAUAAUGGAAUAGCUGAAGGAGAUGUGGAUGGGGCACUGCAAAACUUAUCGGCCAUACGACUAAUGGUUUAUUCCGAUUCUGAAGUCUGGGUUCUUCUUAGUGAGAUCUUUAUUAAAGUUUGAUGAGCAGAGUGGAGACAUUUGAGCAGCAGUGUGACAGGGACAUUCAAUACCUUGUGAUGGACAGCAGCACACCCUGUUGUUCUGGACAGGAAUCUCAUUUCUGUGUGCCAUUCAUCUUGCUACGUGAAUACAUGAGUGGUGGUGGUGUAUUGGGCUAAAGCACAUAACUGGUAAUCAGAAGGUCACUGGUUUGAUCCCCACAGCCUCCACCACUGUGUCCUUGAGCAAGGCACUUUACUCCAGAUUGCUCCGGGGGGGACUGUGCCUUUAAUAAGUGCACUGUAAGUCGCUUUGGAUAAAAGCAUCUGACAAAUGCAUAAAUGUAAAUGUGAAUAAUACUGAAUAACAUGAUCUCUUUCAUAGAACUGGGUGGAAAAAGUGUUAACAUUGUAAUUUUAUUAAUGUGGUCCAUUAGGAGUCUUUGAUUUUCUGUUUAUUCAUAUUGUUUUCUAAAUAUUUUUUGUGAACAACAGUAAAAUGCCCAGAGGGACCAUGCACAAAAGAGACUGUGUUGAUAUGGUAUUGAACAGAAUAUUUGACUGAAAUUUACACCAAUUUACAUUUACAUUUUAAACCAAUGUCUCAGCACAGGUAAUUCCAAAUAAAUGGCAAAAACAUCUACUGUUU